AUGGACGCCGUAUUCGUCACCGCUUUGGCCAAGUAUUUUAGAAAUUUUGAGGGACUCGACUUGGCAUGGAAUCACAACAAGACCAUGCUCGUCACGGUGGAGGCGGAGCUCAGCGAUGAAGAGGCAAUGGAGUUGGAAUCGGGCUACCCAGAGUCCGACUGUUCCAGUAAUUGGUACAGUCCCAGGAGCAUAGACUCAACAUGUAGCCAGGUCGGCACGCCAUGCAGUGCUGUAACGACGGGCAUGUCUAUGUCUCCUUUUGAGACUACUAGCCAGUCGCCAUGUGUUUUCGGCAUUGGUGGUACUUCACCAUGCAAAAAUGAGGCCGGCUGGAGCUCUUUCUUCAGCAACGAAGUUGAUGGCAACUUGUGGUGUAGCAGUGACGAUGGCAAUAAGACACCAAAGGCACGGUCGACUAAGUCGUCGGUUUCUGAAGAAGAUUUGGAGCUGUUCGUCAGCGCCAUUAAGAUGAUGAAGGCUAUCAACGUUGCGAAGCCAGAACAGCAGGAAGAAGAGAUGGAAGGAGAGUUAGAUGAAUGUUAG